AUGCUCUCCUCACUUAUUCUUGCAGCUACCGCUGCUAUUCCCGCUGCAGCUUCGGUCAUUCAGCGUGAUGCUCCAAACUGUUUCCCCUAUGGUAGUGCGAAGCUACCUGGAAACCUCCAGCCCCCUAGCGUGUCACACGAAAAGUGGUGGUGCUCGCAGGACAUGGCUUACGGCUUCCAGGGUUUCUCUUACCCCCUCGAAAACGACGACUGCAAUGCUUGGGAAAACGGUUAUGAUGCCAUGGACAAGGACUUCAAGCAGAUGAAGAAAGACUUCGGCGCCAGCAUUGUUCGCAUGUACUACCCGACCUGCACCAAACCGGCUGUUUUCGAGCAUGCUCUCGAGGCUGCUUAUAACAACAAUAUGGCUGUUGUCUUCCAGGUUUGGACCAACUUCGGUGGCGGAGAUGUCUGGAAGCAGUCUCAGCAAGCUAUUUAUGAUGUUCUCAACAACUCUAAGUAUAAGGCGAUCGCCCCCUACGUCGUUCACUCUGCUGAAUUUGGCUCCGAGCCGGUUGGCGAUGGUAUGGACGGUGACAACUUUGUCACCGACCUGGGCCGCUUCCGCAAGACUCUCAAUGGCCACCAGAUCCCCGUCGGCAUCAGCGAGGACUGGGAUCGCCCUGGAAAGAUGAGCAGUAAUGAUGGCAAGAGUCUCGGUCCCAUCGGAAAGGGUGUCAAGGCGAACUCGGACGUCGCCCACAUCCACCCGAUGCCUUUCUACCAUGAUUACAAUGGUAAGGUUGAUGCCGCAUGGCCCUACAUCCAGAAGCAAACGCAGUGGGUUGUCGACCAUGUGGGCCUACCUACCAUGAUCAGUGAGACACAGUGGGCUUGGGGCAAGACGGACCACAACCCCGGCAAGGCAGACGUCGGCCCUCAGCAGUACAUUAAAUACUGGAAGACCAUUGACAACAACUGCGAGUGGUUUCGGGACCGCAAGGUCGGCUGGUUCUUCCACGCCUGGCGGGGCGAGGAUACCUUUGACAUUGUCAAGCCCGACGGCAGUUACGCCAUUCCCAACUGGAGACCUCGAAAGUGUUAG